UGUACUCAUAUGUACCACGUUCGUUUGGUAAUCUCUCGGGUGCUCAAGACAUAUACCAGUUUAACUGUAUAAAUGGUAGUGUACAUUUCAAGCCGAUCGGUCAAUUACUUGAUUACGUCAACUGUUGUUUAUUUUUAUAAAUUUAUGUUCAACCAUCACGACUUCACCUGUAAACUAAAUUCCACACAUUCAGUGGUUCUUCAUGGUCAUAUCACAGAUAAAGCAGGUAGGAAGUCAGCAAACGGAUUAGAAAAUCAUGAAGGACAAGGACGAAUUGUACGUUCAACGCUUGAUUAAUCGGAACUCGAGGCGUGACAGCAUGAAUUCCACCCAAUCCGCGAUGCAACGGAGGGUCAGCAUUGUUGAGUUGAUGAUAAACAAUAACAACGACACGAAAAAUGAAAAUAGAUGUCCGGAAAGCGAUUCCAGUUGUGAUUUCACUGAAAAGGUGAUGUCUGACUCCUCGAGUGCCAUCGAUAUGUACCCUUUUAUCAACAAAUCGACCCUCAAGGUAACUCUGUCCAAGAGAAAAUGCCCCAUCAGAACGAAGAAGUCUACGACUUUGAGUGAAACAAUCACCGAGAGCAGCAGCAGAGACUCUUUGCUCGCAAACAGCUCUCCCUCGCAUAGCCGGCCCCGCAAGUCGAUUCACAAGACACGCCCCGUCAAGCCGAUACGCGUCGGAGUUCGUCGACAAGAACUCGAAACCCGCUCCCGGGGCUCCCCAUCUAAGCAGAAUUGGUUCUCCAAGGACACGCUGCUACAGCUGAUGGCUGAAAAAACGUCACGCCCUGCUAUCGAGCGACAUGCCCUAGGCGAGUCUCGGGACUCUCUAUUUUGCCCAAGAAAAUUGAGUGACCAGAGACUUUCUCUUGACGUCCGAGAGACAACGACGACGACGGGAGCGCUGAUACAUCCCGACUUUCUGCCAACAGUAGCAGCUAAUGUGGACAAUGAAGUCACGACAACGAGCCUAAUUGACUCGGUCGAAGAGUUUAUUCACGUCUCCAGCGACAAAAGAAAAUGCAGCAUGUUUUCGGAUAAUGUGAUCUCUAGCAUGGAUUUCCAGUACAAUCAGUGUCGAAACGCCCAUGACCUCGAGAACCAGGACGCUGACUCGGGCGUUUCACUUGCCAAGUGGGUACGCGACGCAUGCGGUAGCACUUCGUCGGAUCCAUCUACAAGCGAUGUCAUCCACCUACAAGCUGAACUAUUGCCCGAAAGCGAGCGUAUGUCGGAGCCCGAAUCCGACUCGAUGGACUCGGAUGGAUCUUUCACCAAAUAUUUGGCUGAUCCGGUCAACAAAAAAAUAAGUCAGCAAUUGUUCGUCAAAGACUACGAUCUGGAGGAGGAAUUUGCCAAAGGCAACGCCGAACUGCUGCGCCAGGGACCCGAUCAGUUCUUCAACAUCCGACUUCUCGAAACACUCGAACCCAAAGUGACGCCCGUCAAGCCUAAAAUCACGAGACAGUGUGAUUCGGUGGAAGAUUAUCGGUCAUCUGAUGCUCAAACUGAGCAAAUAUCUUGGGAAAUAUCUAUGCUGUCAAAGGAAAUCAGAGCUUUGGACGAGGAGAUAAGAAAACUAGAUAUCAAAGAAUCGGUGAUUAAGGAGGCUGAGGCGAACCCAAUGACUGAGGCUGAAAUUUUCGGAACACUCAACCAGCACUGUAAUAGACAGUUCCAUGAUAAUGAGACGAAGCCUGAAUUUUUCACUCCUAUGCUGCAUCUAUGUCUGUACACAGAUACACCGUAUUUUGGCGCGUCUAAAGCACCCCUAAGAUCUCCAUCGCCUAUCCAGUCACGUGAGUCGGUAGAUCCGACGCUUGAAAAACCGGCACAAGGCAAAAUUUACGAUAUACCGAUCACGAGUGCACAACUGAAGGCCGUAGAACGAAUACAAGCUGACGGCAAGUCGGCAAACUUUAUAGACAAUCUCACGCCCCAUGGAAAAUUUCGGCAGCCUCCUUGCCACGAGUCCACAUUUGUUGAAGCGGAAGCCGUGGCAAAGUCACCGACGCUCUCCCAAGUCAAUAGCACCAUCUCCAGCAUCAUGCCCAAUACGCCUCCGUGCACUAACGAGAGAAUUAUUACUGUUGAUAAAAUGAGUGCACAGGAACGGAAUCUCGAAGAUCGGCUAGAAUCCGUGCACGAGUCCCUCAAACAUAACGAAAAUGCAACAAAGCAUGAAAAAUAUGAGAUGACCAUACCUGAAGAGGUGGAGAACUUUUUGUACAACGCCCUUGGUACUGAGCACUACGUUUCGAUCAACACCAACACGGACCAGUCCAACAGAAUAAGCAAUUCGAUCAUCAUCGACGGCUCUGGCUCUGAUUUAUUCAAACCUGCUGACUACCAGGCUCCAUGUACAAAAAGCUUGAACAGCGAGACGUUGAGUAACCGGUCGCGAGCGUUCAACAGAUUGAAGACAUUUUCUCAUAGACUCAAAAAGAAACUUCGCAGAACCGUGAUGAAGCCCGAUAAUUCGUGCGAGCUGACGACCGAAUUGAUCGAAGUGAGCCCGAGUUUACACGAGAAGGUUCAAGCCCUGAGGGCCCAUGUGGAGGUUCAGCAGACUCUCAUAUUUCAGGCAGCAAAGGCUCUGUCCUUGUGCUGCUCUAUGCCUGAGUUCAUCGCUAGCCUUGAGCGUGUCGAGUCCGAACGGGCCCUCCUUCUUGCAAAACUACGCAACCAAGCCUACCUAGAUGAGAUUGUCCAGUUGACGUCUAAAGGAUACUGUGCCGAGUUAAAUCAGCAUCAAUUUUCAGCCCAAAGCGACCUCGAGCUCAGAGACAUUAAACUGAAACUGCGCGAAAACAUCAUAAAGCACGAACGUCUCGGUAACGGGAUGGUUGAGUGGUUCUUGCUCGUAGUAAGCGAGGGCCAACGCGUCUGGGCCAGCCGAGCCAUUUGCUACUCCAGGUCGUCACCCCAACUUUCCUUCCCUGAUAGCUUCGUCAUUGGCGAACUCGAUCCCAAUUUUAGAGUUACCAUCCGCGUCUACAGCCUCCAGCUGCGCCAGCAGAAUAACUUUGACCACGACGAACGCUAUCAUUUGCAGAGGCACCAACAAAAUUUUGACAACAGCUAUGUGAGCUGUCCCGCUCACCUGCUGCGCAAUAAUUUGAUGCGAUCACGAAGGACGUCGGUGAUGAGCACUAUGGGGCCCAGACAGGAGAACAUCAACGUGGCCACCAAGAAUUCCUCGUUCAUAGAGUGUGGCAAUCUCGAGCUCACUCUCCGGGACAUCCGGACCAUGCCACCCUGGAACCUCAAAGCGGUGCCAUCUAACAGUGCUCUGUACGGAACGAUCGAAAUGAAGGCAGAGUGCAAAAUAAAGCUAAUAUCGAUCGACGGUUUUGUAAAUUUCGGUGAGGAGGUCCAAGGUCAAGUCUAUUGGACGCGAUUCUAUUGCGCACUCGAGAAUCACUAUCUUUUCUUCUGGAAAUAUCCGCACAACCGGGAUGUUGGGGCUCUGCCAGAACGUACGAUCGACUUAUCCCGCUGUACUACUCAACGCGUCGAGUUAGUCGAUCGCUCUCUUUGCGCUCGACCGAAAACUUUGCUCAUUGCGACGGCCCGGAGUCGACGGGACAGUCUCGAUGCCGACACGACUUUUAUGCAAUGCAGGGGAAAAUCUACCAUCGUUGGGACACUGAUAGCUUUUGACGAAAAAGACGAGUUAGCAGAGUGGCAAGAGAAACUAAAUUACGUUGUCUCUGUUCUCCGAGCGUGGAUCGGUGUUGUAGAGGUUUAGUGAUUUUGGUCAAUAAUCAUAAUCAUCGAGCCGAAGCCUUGCGAAAAAGAGGUUGGCAACGGUCAUGCGAGGAAAUCUUUGAUGUAAUAUUAACUGUCGCAGCACUACCAUUGGUUUUUGCGACAGCGUAAUUUACACAAAUGCAUGUAUUAUUUAAAAGAAAAAAAUUAGAUUAAGUGAAUUUGGAAUUUUAAAGAACUUUCUUGAAGCCAUUUAAAAAUUAAAAUUUAAGAAAUAAAUGAUUAUCAGAGAUAAGCAGUCGAGUAUUUUGAAUCAUGUAUAUACAUAUAUCUUUGACAAUAUUUUAGUGACAAGUCAUGUAAAAUACUAGCCCCUGAAUGCUCAUCUAUAAAAUGUAUAAAAUGCAUAUUUGAUAAAUUUUUAUGGGAUCUUAAGUUCACAAAUUGACAAAAUA